GUAGAAAAGAAGAAGAAGAAGAAGAAGAAGAAGAAGAAGAAGAAAAAACAAUAAGAAAACGACGUUAAUUGUUAACAAAAAUGGGCAAGAAAAAUAGCAAACUCAAGCAGGAAACUAUCGAGCGACUUACCACCAAUACUUAUUUUACCGAAAAGGAAAUUCGACAGUGGCACAAAGGUUUUCUCAAGGAUUGUCCAGAUGGUUUAUUAACCGAAGAGGGUUUUAUUAAAAUCUACAAGCAGUUCUUUCCCCAAGGUGAUCCAUCCAAGUUUGCAUCCCUAGUCUUCAGGGUGUUCGACGAGAACAGCGAUGGCACGAUAGAAUUUGAAGAAUUCAUAAGAGCCCUUUCUGUUACGUCACGAGGUAAAUUGGACGAGAAGCUACACUGGACAACAGCCACAAGCGGAGGACGAGAACACGCCGCAAAAAAGGGUCGACAAAAUCUUCGAUCAAAUGGACAAGAAUCAUGACAAUAAGCUUACCCUUGAAGAAUUUCGAGAGGGUAGCAAAGCUGACCCACGGAUUGUCCAAGCUUUAUCAUUGGGUGGCGAGUAACCGUACUGCUAAAAAGUUAUUAUAAGAAAGAGGACUGACGAGAAUUCCUUCGAUCUUUUAACUCCUCCUUGUGGGGGGGUCGAAUGAUUACGUCAUCGUUCAUUUGAUUUAUCUAAAUCCAUGGACAAAGAAAAGAAAAGAAAAAAAAAAGAAAGAAAUAAAGAACAAACGUAGGAGUAAUAAAUAACUUACGAAAGAAAACAAAAACCAUAAAAGAAUAAAAAGAAAAGGGUGGGGGUUGUGGGGGGGUUGGAGGAAAAAAUUAUACGUCACGUCGCGUAUCAGGAUGAUGAUGAUGAUGAUGAUGAUGAUG